AUGGAUCGUGCAAAUCUACGGCCCAAGGUUAGGACCGCCAUACGGCUCGCCGCCGAGCGCGCCUGGAACGUGAUGCACGCGGAUGGCCACUGGUGCGCAGAGAUUCGCGCGAACGUGACCGUGACCGCAGAGCAUAUCUUUUUCUACGCGUCUUUAGGCAAGCCACCUCCAGGCGGGUACGCACCGUUCCAACGCUUCAUCCAGUCCCAGCAGAAUCCAGAUGGCUCGUGGGGACUUGCACCGUCCUAUCCAGGGGACGUAUCGACUAGCUGCGAGGCAUACCUGGCGCUGAAGAUGUGCGGUUUGUCCGUUGCGUGCGAGACGAUGCAGCGAGCCAGAGCAUUCAUCCUAUCCAAAGGCGGCGUGGCUAAGGUUCGUGUCUUCACGCGCAUUUUUCUUGCCAUGUUCGGUCUUUUCCCGUGGUCCGCUGUCCCGAAUUUGCCUCCUGAGGCAAUCUUGCUGCCGGCAUGGUGCCCGUUGAACGUAUACAAACUAGCUUCAUGGGCGCGCAGUACUGUCAUCCCACUGCUCUUGAUUCGACAUCACAAACCUAUUUACCGGAUACCUGGUGUUGGCGCCGAACAGCAGUCAUGGCUUGACGAGAUCUGGCUGGAUCCAGAAAGCAAGAGUGUCCCAUAUUCGCCUCCGAUAUCAGAGCUGUGGAAUCGAGAUGUUACAUCUCUUCUGUUCGCGAUAGGAGACAGGAUCCUGUCAUGGUUAACUUGCUAUCACAUCCUGCCGCUUCGACGUCUCGCCAGGAAGAGGUGUGUUGACUGGAUCAUAGAACAUCAAGAGUCUCAGGGGGAUUGGGCCGGCAUUGUAAUGCCCAUGAUAUGUAGUGUGCAAGCGUUGCUGCUAGAAGGGUACAGCAUCGUCGAUCCUGUCAUUGACAGAGGACUGACCGCUAUCGAACGUUUCGCGUAUGAGGAUGAAGCGGGAAGGCGAGUCCAGGCUUGCGUGUCCCCUCACUGGGACACGGUGUUGAUGAUUACUUCGUUGUGCGAAACAGCAUCGGCGGCACCAAAGCGCCUUCAUCGGUGCGUGGAGUGGGUUACCAAAAGACAGCAGCUAGUCGAGCAUGGAGAUUGGCGCAUCUACAAUCCGCAGCUAAGGCCGGGCGGGUUUUCAUUCGAGUACAACAACUCCUGGUAUCCCGACGUUGACGACACGGCGGCGACAGUCUUGGCGUUGCUCAAGUACAACGCACGAUUCGUACACUCCAACACCGUCCUCGACGCGAUAAAUUGGAUCUUGGGAAUGCAAAGCAAGAGCGGCGGCUGGGCUGCUUUUGACACGAACAAUGACAAGCUGUGGCUGAACAAGAUCCCUUUUAGCGACAUGGACGCGCUGUGUGACCCGCCAACAGCCGACAUCACUGGGCGAGUGCUCGAAGCGUUUGGUUUGGCGAUGGACAUAUGCCGGGAGCUCGACUCUAGUCUGCCGGCGCUUGAUCGGAUGGAUGCUGCGUGUGACCGCGGCAUCGCGUUUCUGUGCCGUCAGCAGGAGACAGACGGCUCGUGGUUUGGUCGGUGGGGCAGCAACUACCUCUACGGCACAAGCGCAGUCCUGUGCGGUCUCCAAAGAUUCGUCAUCGACCGAGACGACGUGCGAGACAUGGUCGGCGCCGCCGUCGAAUGGAUCAAGACGGCGCAGAACGCAGACGGAGGAUGGGGCGAGGACCUGAUGAGCUACAAGGACAGCCGCCUGGCUGGGCGCGGUGUUUCAAGCGCCUCGCAGACGGCGUGGGCACUGAUGGGGCUGCUAUCGCAUCUCUCUUCUGAUGACGAAUCCGUCGCGAAGGGGAUCCACUGGUUGCUCACAUCUCAGACGGAGGCGUGCGGCGACGGCGGCGGAGCGUCGUGGCCGGAAAUGGCAUACACUGGGACGGGAUUUCCGGGACACUUUUACUUUGGCUACGACUUGUACCGUCACUACUUUCCGAUGAUGGCGCUGGGGAGAUAUCUGAAGAGGAGCGACGAGCACGACGGCGACGAUCGUGUUGGCGAUGCCGACUCUGUGGACUCUGGGGCAGCGGGUCUGGGCACGGCGACGGCGCUUUAG